AAUACUCGACGGUCAGCGACAACGACCGUAAUCAAAACAGAGGAUUUCAUAACUUUUACUUUGAUUCACAGGGAAGAAUUCAUUAAGAUAAUGACGUUUUUUUAAUUCAAAAUAUUUCUGAACGACGUCUUGCAGUUCUUUUUUUGUUCAUUUCCCUCACGACUGUUUAUUUUUCCAAGUAUGGACGCUCUGUGCGACCUCUGCUUGGCUCAGGUGUGCCGCAGCCUGGACGCUCUGUGCAGCAGGCGAGCAGACGGCUCCAUGUGCCUCAGCUGGGCCCCAAUUUUCCCACAGGAGAUGGCAGACCAGUUACUGCUUAAGAUGGCAGCUAAAGGGAUACUGAAUGACACAACCGUUGGGAUUUUCCAAAACUGCAAAGCACUCCGCCUGCACCGAGCUUCCAUCCGAUGCUGUCCAGUGUCUGCAGAAGCUUUCCGCCUGGCCCUCUGCCCUCACCGGCUCCAGGAACUAGACGCCUCCUGGGUUCCUGGCGGCCUCACUGGGGCAAACAUCAUCUCAGGCCUGGCCUCCAACCCCGAGUGCAGAUCCAGCCUGCAGAGGUUGUCCCUAACUGGGCUACAUGUCGACUUGGAGUCUCUGGUGGAGGAUGGAGGGACCCGUGUUGGAUUUAGCUCCCUGCAGGGCUUGCGAACGCUCAACCUUGCCAACACAGACCUGACUGAUGCCGUUCUCGAGGAUAUCUGCACUCUCCCUCGGCUGGAGAGCCUGGACAUCUCCUGCAGUGCCGUCUCACAGCUUACCGCGCUCCUAGAUUGCAAAAACACGCUGAGAUCUUUGAUGACCCACCGGCUGCGGCAGCUGGAUAUGACGCCUGCCAGGUUGCUAUUUGUCCUCAGCCAACUUCACGCGGUCAGGCAUUUAGACUUUUCAGAGGACCAUUUUGCUGUGGAUGACAGUGACGGGGAUGAGACCGUGCGGCAGCUUUUGGGUGGGAGUCCACAUAUCCUCCCUUCCCUUGUUUCUCUAGAUAUCUCUGGACGGAAGAGAAUCACUGAAGCAGCAGUCAGUGUGUUUGUGGAGGCCAGAAGUGGACUGGUCUUCUUGGGCCUGCUAGCCACCGGUGCCAGCUCCUGUGACAUCCUGUCUUCAAAGAAAAACCUAAAAGUAACUGGAGAGGCUAAUGAGAACCAGGUGUGCGAGGCCCUGAGAAGGUACAGAGACCGUGAGUGUUUCAUCCGAGAGGCCCUCGUCCAGCUCUACAAUCUAACCACUGACAUUGACAAACCCCGGCCAGAUAUGCUAGAGCUGGUGCUGAGUGGGAUGCAGAGCCACCCCACCUCUCUGCACGUCCACCUGGUGGCCACAGCGUGUGUGUUCAACCUGACCGCUCAGGACCUGGCAGUGGCCAUGCCCGUCAGCCUGAUCAGCUCCACUGUCACCCAGCUGCUGUACGCCAUGAAGACCUACCCCAACCACCAACAGGUGCAAAAGAACUGUCUGAUGGCGCUCUGCAGUGACUACAUCCUUCAGGAUGUCCCAUUUGACAAGUAUUUAGCAGCCACGCUGGUGAUUAACUGGCUGCGCAGUCACGAGGAUCCUACCCUUCAGAGGAUGGCUGUGGCUGUCAUCUCCAUUCUGGUGGCCAAGUUGUCCACAGAGGAGACCGCUCAGCUGGGCAAGGACGUCUUCAUCAUCAAGCAGCUGCUGGCUAUUGUGCAACAGAAAGCCAUGGUGGGAGUGGUGGACUCCACUCUGAAAUUUGCCCUGAGUGCUCUGUGGAACCUGACGGAUGAGAUGCCCACUGCUGCUCGCAAUUUCAUGGAGUGCCAGGGCCUGGAGCUGUACGAGGAGGUUCUUGAGUCCUACUACACUGAACCUUCCAUUCAGCAGAAAGUUCUUGGCCUUCUGAACAACAUAGCAGAGGUGGAGGUGCUACAGGUGGACCUUAUGGAGGAGGACCUGUUGGGGCACAUCCUCAGCCUGUUGCAGGACAACCAGGUGGAGCAGCGGGUCCGUUACUUUGCAGGGGGGACUCUGGCACAGCUCGUCUCCAGACCAGAGGCCUGGACCCUGGACGACGAGCUCCGCAGCACCAUACUGAAGCAGCUGCAUACAUCCAUAAUGACAUGGACCCAACUCGAGAAAGAAAUGGUCUCUUAUAGAUCGUUCCGUCCAUUUUGCUCUCUGCUUCAGACUUGGCAGUCCUCGGGAGUGCAGCUGUGGGCAGUCUGGGCAAUACAUCUGGUCUGCAUUCAAAACGCGUCACAUUACAGCAGCAUGAUGGAGAAGGACGGCGUGACUGAACUUCUGAGGGCUUUGGCUGCACAUCCCGACACACACAGCGACGUUAAAGGACUGUCGGACAGCAUCUUGCGUGUGGUAGAGAAACACCAGAGUCACUCAGGGUCCGUCAACAAACAGAUGGAGUCUCGAAACUCUUGACAAAUGUGCAAAGAAAUUACAUUUUUGUUUAUUGUUCAGCUGUGAGUAAAAUCUGCUAAACGUGAGGUUGCAGAUUGAGUAUUGGAUACAGACAGUUCACGUCAGUCAGCUUGAAUUUAAAGUUCAGUGGAAUAAAUGCUGUACAAUCGCUGGUUAUAAAAAGUUCUCUCAGGAGGUACCUUUACACUGUUGAUGAAUCGUUAAGCAAAAACGUUUACAGACAGGAUAUAAAGUCCUAAUAUUUUAUCUAUUCUGAGGUCAAAUUGCUGUUUAGUAUGAAAAAGUUUGACUGUAAAAAAAAUAUUU